AUGUAUACCUACACUCCCACCAGCAAGUUCCUCGUCCUCUCUCCUGUCCAGUCUCGUCCUGAGCAGACCAGCAAAUUCCUUGUCCUCACACCCACCGAAUCUGGUCCUGAGUAUGAGCUUGGCGCAUCAUCUCCCGCCUCUCCUGAUAUUCGGCACCGUUCAGACAGCGUCAGCACCGACGAGUCGCAGAUUGAAGUUACAUUUUCUCCCUUCGCUGGUGGCUUUCUCUACCUAGGCCACGGUACCAGACCUAAGCCAGUAAACGUUUGA